AAUCAUAUGCGGCGGCUACCAUUUUGUUGUUUUCUUUCGGGAGGAAAUAGGACAGUUUGUUCGUCUCAAGAGAACUUGCAAGGCUUCCUCAUCAUCAUGGCUAGUACGCGGUCUGGAAAAGAAGAGAGUAUCAGGUAUGUGAAGGGAGACCUUUUUACCUCUCCUGGAACAGAUUCAUUGGCUCACUGCAUCAGUGAAGAUUGCCACAUGAGUGCAGGCAUAGCUGCCAUUUUUAAGAAUAAGUUUGGUGGUGUUCAGGAACUCUUGAACCAACGAAAAACAACUGGGGAGGUUGCUGUUCUGAAGAGGGAGAACCGUUAUGUGUACUAUCUGAUUACAAAAAAUAAAUACUUUCACAAGCCUACAUAUGACAAUCUGCGGAACAGUUUAGAAGCUAUGAAAAUCCAUUGCCUGAAGAAUGGUGUAACUUGCAUUUCUAUGCCCAAGAUUGGGUGUGGACUUGAUCGCCUGGAUUGGAGUAAAGUUUCAUUAAUGCUUGAAGAAAUAUUUGAAGAUACAAAUAUUAAAAUCACAGUUUAUACACUUUAAGUCAUUCUUGAGACAGGGUUUCAUUUUUCCAUUUGUUGUAAUUUUGUGUUUGUAACUGAUUUGGUAUAAGAUGGUGGGCUGUUCAUAACUAUGUUUUCUUCCA